CCUCGAGCCGGCAGGAUGUUGGAAGGUCUCGUUGCCUGGGUGCUGAACACAUACCUCGGAAAGUAUGUCAGCAACCUGAACACAGAUCAGCUCUCCAUCGCCCUCCUGAAAGGUGCGGUCGAGCUGGAGAAUCUCCCUUUAAGAAAAGAUGCCCUCCAGGAGUUUGACCUGCCCUUUGAAGUCAAAGCAGGCUUCAUCGGAAAGAUUACUCUGCAGAUCCCUUUCUACCGGCCUCACAGCGACCCGUGGGUCAUCUCCAUGUCCCAGCUCAACCUGAUCAUCGGCCCCGCCCAGCUGCAGGAGUACGACGCAGAGAAGGAGAAGGAGGAGGAGAGCGAGCGCAAAAAACGCCUCCUCAGGGCUCUCGAAGACAAAUUCAAAAGUGAGUGUGAUCAGAGAGGAGAGUCUUACUGGUACUCCGCCACCGCCUCAGUGGUCACCAGGAUCGUGGAAAACAUCGAGCUGAAAAUCCAAGAUGUGCAUCUUCGAUUUGAGGACGACUUCUCCAACCCAGAGAAACCCUUUUCCUUUGGGGUUUGCAUCAACAACGUUUCAGCUCAGAAUCCUUCCAAAGAGUCGGUGCAGAGGCUCCUCCGACAGAAGCAGCUGGAGAUCGAGGACUUCAGCGUCUACUGGGACACAGAAUGUGAGAUGCUGGGAAAGCUGCCCGCGAAUCAGAUCCAGGAAGCGAUGACCCAGUGCAUGCAGAGCCGUGAGCAUCAGUAUAUCUUUGAACCGGUGUGUGCAUCCGUGCUGCUCAGAAGAAACACCUCCAAGGAGCCUCUGAGGUCCAGAAACACGCCGCGGAUCGAGGGCCAAGUUCAGCUGGAGCCCAUGUCCUUACGCCUGUCGCAGAUCCAGUACCAGCAGAUCAUGGCGUUCCUGAAAGAGCUGGACCGGCGGGAGCGAGAGAUGCUUUACAGGAAGUGGAGGCCCAAAGUCCCUAUCACUGGAAACUGCCGGCAGUGGUGGAUGUUUGCCAUCCAGGCCAAUCUGAAUGAAAUCAGGGAGCAGAGACGGCGAGGCAGCUGGGACUUUGCCCUGCAGCGAGCACGAGACGCUCAGACGUACACCAGCCUCUACUUCAGGAGGCUCAAAGGAGUCCCACUGAGUCCUCAGGAGGAGAGCGAACUGGAGCGUGUUGAGGAGGAGCAGACGUUGGAGGAGCUGCAGAGUCUCCGAGAGAUCGUCCACGACUGGUUUCGAAAGCAGGAAGAGAUCGCAGAGAAUGUGCGAGAGCCCAGCAGCGAUGUCCAGCCCUGUCCACCUCCUGCAUCCAUCCCCAAGAGUGACAGCUCGGGGAUGAUCACGUACCUGCAGUCCUGGUUUCCGGGCUGGGGAGGCUGGUAUGGAGAGUCUCAGUACCCAGACAGGCCUGAAGAUCUCCUGCCAAGUCCGUCCUCCUGGGAUAUACUCGCAGAGACAGAGGACUUGUUUGAUCCUCUGGAGGACUCUCACACUCUGAACACGUUCACCAGACGGGAUCACUUGUUUGCCCGGCUGGAGUUCUUACUGGAGAAAGGCGGAGUUACUCUCUUUCACCAGGACAGGAGGGAGGGCACACUGCACGAGAGCGGCGUCAUCCAGCUAGAAUUCUCAGGGGUGAAGGUGACGUUGGAGUCUCUCCCACGCUCCGAGUCGUCCCUGCUGUCUGUUAAGCUGGGCGGUUUGUUCCUGAGAGACUUGACUACCCAGGGCACCAUCUUCCCCGUCCUGGUGUCUCCCAAAACGGACAAACUUGUUUUAACCACAAACCAGCAGUCGUGCCAGUCCAGCAAUACCUCUGAGUGCUCUUCGCCGCCCGUGUUUGAGAUGAUUUAUGAGCGUAAUCCUGUGAGGUGCAAGUUCGAGAGAAGACUGGAAGUGAACACUAGUCCGUUGAACAUCAUCUAUAACCCACAAGCAAUCAAAAAAGUGACAGAGUUCUUCUAUAAAGGAAGAGUGCAUACCUCAGGUUUUGGCUAUCAGUCGGAGCUGGAGCUGAGAGUGGCAGAAGCUGCCAGGAGGCAAUAUAACAAACUGAAGAUGCAGACCAAGGCAGAGAUCCGACAAACCAUCGAUCAGCUACUCGUGGGAGAGUUUAUUGAAAACAGUAAGCGUUGGACCAUGAAAUUGGACAUAUGUGCGCCCCAGGUGAUUUUCCCUGAUGACUUCCAGUCAGAAGACCCGAUGCUUGUUGUUGUAGAUUUGGGCAGAAUUCUCCUGACAAACUCCCAAGAUGACACUAAAAUCAGCUCAAAAGCUUCCCAACCUGAAAGAGAAGACAUGAGCGACGAUGAGUUCCAGACACCUCUUGGCACCCCGCCAGAGUCCCCACCCCCUGAACUAGACAUGCCUCAGAAAGAACAACUCAAAAGCACUGAACUCCCCAACCUCAGAUCCCCUGAGAGUAUCCAAGCGUACAGCCGAAAGCUUUAUGAGAAGUACUCCUUGUCCUUUAAAGACUUGCAGAUAAUGGUUGGGCGCUGUAAGGACAACUGGAAACAUUUGCAAGAAAGUGAGGUAGGUCCUACUCAUGUGGUGGAGAAGUUUAAUGUGCUGCUGCAGCUUGAGCAGAGACUGCGCUACACAUCAGACCCCCAGCUACCCGGAGCCGUGCUCUCGGGGACCCUGCCGGACCUCAAGGUCCACAUCAACCUUGAGAAGAUGACCGCCCUCAGGAGCUGUUUUGCGAGGCUGAGCAGUCCAUCUGCAAGUGAAGAGGACAAAGGUCAAGAAAGUUGGCAAAGUGCGAGGUCUCCUGACCCUCUCACCCUGCGCCGCGACAAGAUCUUUCAGAGAGACGACAGCUCCUGGAAGCUGCAGGGUUCAGCAAAGAACCUGACUCAGAGCGUGAUGACUUUAGAGCAGCACACGCGGGAAGUCCUGGUGGAGUCCCGUCUGCUGUUGGCUGAAUUCAACAUUAACUACAUGCAGCUUGGCGUGGAGAGUGAUGGCCGCUACAUAUCUGUUCUUAAGGUAUUUGGCACAAAUGCUCAUUUUGUCAAACGGCCUUAUGACGCCGAAGUCUCUCUGACUGUCCAUGGUCUUCUUCUGGUCGACACCUUGCAGACUUAUGGCUCAGACUUCGACCUUCUUGUCGCUUCUCAUAAGCACCUCAGUUUUGACAUACCCACAGGCAGCCUCCGGGAGAGCCAGCCUUCAUCCCCCGCGUCAUCCGAUGGAAGGUCUCCCCAGCAUCAGGGCCACUUUCCUGAGUUGUCCUCUGGCGUUGAUAGGCUAUCCCCCUUCAGUUCCUUUCUGAAAGACCAGGAGGCCCUGAUAAAGCUUGAGUACCAGUUUGUGAGCUCAGACUGCCCCUCGAUGAACCUUGACAGUUCCCUCCAGGUGACAACAAUGCAAGUCAACAACUUGGACAUCAUUCUUAAUCCUGAGACCAUGGUGGAGCUCCUAAAGUUCCUUCAGAAGUCUUUUCCCAAAGAAGAAAGCCCCAUGUUAUCAUCGCAAUCAACACAAACUCACCAGGUGGAAGGGGACGAGACGUAUCAGGCCACAUAUGACCAAAACAAAGAGCUGACUGUCGAGAUCCACCGCCUCAACCUGCUUCUCCUUCGGACCGUGUCAACUGGCACCGUUCUGGGCGCUGAGAAGAAAGGGUUGAAGAUUGCCACUGCUAGCAUUACCGGGACCAAAGUCAACGUGUCCAUGGGCAGUCGGCUAGAUAUCAACGGUUCACUCGGGUCCAUGCAGUUGGUGGACUUGACUCAGGAAGGAGGCCGGAGCCAGUUUGUUGUGAGCAUCGGCAGCGUUGAGGACAGCACCUCGACUCUUGGUGGAUUAACUUUCCUCGCUGACACAGCCGGUUCCCCCUCAGAGGCUUUGAACUUCCGCCUUCUGGAGAAAUCCCAUGGGGAGUGUUCCUUGAAACUUGAAAUGGCAUCCUUGCACUAUAACCACUCGGCCAAAUUUCUGAAGGAGCUCAGUCUGUCAGCCAACGAGGUAGAGGACAAUUUCCGCUCCAUGUUGAAAAGUGCCGCCACCAAAGUGUCAACAGUUCUAGCAUCCAAGACGGCAGAGUACAGCGGUAUGGUGUCGCUCUUUGAGACUCCCUCGCGGAGAUCCCGAACUCAGAGUCAGAGCUGGAAUUAUCCGUUUGAGGACGAGGAGGAUCUUUCCAUGGAGGAACCUGAGCCCACCCUGGAUACAUUCUUUGUGAAGCUGACCCUCAACGUCAGCAUUGAAUCCCCUGUUGUGUCCAUUCCCCGUAAACCUGGACACCCGGAGCUGUUGGUCGGUCAUCUGGGAAGCAUAGCCAUCCAGAACUUUGUUACAGGGCAAGAAUCGGAAGGGGAGAAGCUGCAAGUGUUGGUGAAAGACAUUCGACUGUAUUCACUCAACAUGAGUCAUUUGGUUUUGAAGAGGACACCAAGAGGGGACAUCGUCACCAACACAUCACCCUCCCGUACCGGCAGCAUCAGUCAGGAUGAACCUCAGUUCACACGUCAUGACUUCUUUGAAUCCCUCAGCCGAGGCAAAGCCUUCCACAUAUUGAAAGACACGACUAUACAGUUCACCAUUGAGAAAGUUCCUGUUGAAGAAGACACCCAGUUCACCUUCCUCACCACAGAGGAGCCCUUCAAGAGCACAGGGGUACUGAGAGUUGAGGGCAAAUUUGUCAACCCUGUUCAGGUGUUCCUCUGCAAGCCUGUGUACGAACAAGUCCUCCAGACGCUGGACAACUUGUCUCUGAUCGAGGAGAUUCGCGUCACACCAAGCCAACCGCCCACACCUCCACCUCCAACUCCUUCUUCCACCCGACAUCAUCGCUUUCCAGACCCCCAGGGCGGUCUGUUUGCGAGAGACCCUCCUCAUGUUAGCUUCUCCCACAUGUCGCUCCCCUCUCCUUUGCCCCUUCAGUCCCACAAACCCGUUCUCGAUUCCCCCUCGUUCACUCAGCUGAAAGUCACCUUACACGUGGCAGAGCUGCAGGUCCAGCUCAGUGCUGACCUGACUCAGGGCUCUCAGGGUUUAGUCAGUCUGCGCUUCCAAGACCUGGAGGGAGACUUCACCAAAGACCACCCUCACCUGCUGACGGUUCAGCUGGCUCUGCGCUCGCUGCUAAUGGAGGACCUCUUGGAGCAGAACCCAAAGUCUAAGUACAAACAUUUGAUGGUGUCUCGUGGAGCUCUCAAGCCCUCCACCUUCAGUCCAAAGGAAUACCUUUCCCAAAGUUGUCCAUCAGCGUCUAAUGCCUUGUGCCCGGACAUGCCCCGCUCACUGCCCGCCCACAUGGAGGAAGCCCAGAACGUCUUCCAGCUCUACCAGAGGCAUCCCAGCACUCCUUCAGCUAGCAGCCGCAAAUCCAAAAGAGACCCUGACUGUCCCAGUACUCCACCUCCUUCUCCUACCCACCACACACCCUCCCCUCAUCCGCCCCCAGACUUUGAUGACUCAUUAGUUCACAUUAACGUGCAGCUUGUGGACCAGAACCAUCCAGAGUUCAAAACGCGCUACGGCAGCAUAGGACGAAGCAUAGACGUCGACUUUAACUGCCUGGACGUUCUGAUUACACUACAAACCUGGGUGGUUAUUUUGGACUUUUUUGGUAUCGGCUCAACGGCCAAUAAUCACGCAGUGAGGGUGAACCCAAUGUCCCCCCAACCUGUGCCAGGAUAUCCCCUGUAUGAGCCGGACAUGGACGAGGAGGAGACUACAGAGGCCGUCAACACUAAAGUGGACCUGAAGGUUCACGCUUUGUCUCUCGUACUUAACAAAAAACUCAACGAACUGGCCAGAGCAAGUGUUUCCAAAUUAUCUGCUCAUCUGGAAAUGUUAGAUGGAGACUUGGCCUUACAGGGAAGUUUAGGAAGUUUGUCCCUGAGCGAUCUUACUCCACAUGGGGAUCUCUACAGAGAGCGCUUCACCACAAGAGGAGGGGAGGCUCUGAUUUUCAACAUCCAAAAGUACGGCGAGCCAGAUCCUUACCUGGAGCGGGAAUGUGACAUCAGGGUCUCUUUGAAGAUGGCCUCAGUGCAGUACGUCCACACGCAGCGCUUUCAGGCCGAGGUGGUGGCCUUCAUCCAACACUUCACCCAGCUGCAGGAUGUCCUCGGCAGGCAGAGGGCGGCAAUGGAGGGCCAGACUGUGAGGGAUCAUCCUCAGCGGGCGUCCAGGGUUCUGCUGGAUAUUGAGGCCGGUGCUCCCGUGAUUCUUAUCCCAGAGAGCUCACAGUCACCGAGGGUCAUUGUGGCAAACCUCGGCCAGCUGAAGGUGCAGAACUGCUUCCUGGCAGCCGGUGCUCAUGGGACUUUCUCCCUCCGAGACAAGGAUCGUGUUCGGAGUGCAGCAGGGAGGAGUACUGAGCCGGAGAAGCCGAAAACUUCCCCCUCCACGCCCGCCUCCUCCACAGGGUUCACCCUUGGCCGGCCACAGUUCCCAGACGCGGGGAGGGUCCCUGAAGAGGACGGCCCUCAAAGCUUAGAAGACCACGUGUGCCUGUUGGACUGCAUAGCGUUGGACCUGCAGGAGAUGGACAUCUUCGCUGCAGAGCGUCUACCCUCUCAGCUCUGGGACAGUGUUGUUAAACCUCCAGAAUCAUCAGACCUCAUAUUUCCCUCGUACUCUGUCCGUCGCACCGGAGGCAACCUGCUCAAAAACUGCUGCCGCCUCAAGCUCAAAGUGGAACGCAACCUGGACAAGGAGUUGAGCCAUGCAGUACCUGACACGUCCAUCCACGGCAGCCUGUCGUCAGUCCACUGCUCGCUGGACCUGGAGCACUAUCAGCUGAUCAGAGGUCUGCUGGAGCACAACCUGGGAGAGCCCGUUGAAGACUUCCUGAGACCCUACAACCUGCAGGACCCCAGCACCUAUACGGUGUUGAGUGGUGACGUCUACACAAACUUAUCCUUCCUGGUGGACAUGAUGGAUGUCAGUCUGGAGCUCUUGGACAAACCCAAACUCUGUGAACAGAAACGAUCAUUAGCAAGAUUUGACUUCAUGAAAUCCAAGCUGCUCUAUGAGAGUUUCUCAAAUGGCUCCAAUUCAGUCAACCUGGUGUCUCACUCCCUGCUGGCUUACGACACUCGGUUCACUGGAGUGAAUAAAAGAACUAGGGGAGCUGAUGGUGCAAGGCCCAAUACCUUCGACUGCAUCCUGCAACCGUCUAAAACAGGAACGAACCGGGCGUCACUGCAGCUGGAACUGCAUUAUCGAUCCACACGAGACUCCUCCUGCUUCACCGUGGUCCUCAACAACCUGAGGGUCUUCCUCAUCUUCGACUGGCUCCAGCUGGUGCGAGACUUCCUGCGGGGUCCAGCGGAGAAGGCGUCAGAAGGAGGUGGGACGCGCCAGCGCUGGCCCAGUAACACCAGCACGGACUCGGCCUCCGGCACGACCGGUGCCACAACCAGCGGAGCCGUUAUGCCAAAGACAGUGAAGAGCGGGGUGGUCACCAAGAGGUCCACAGUGCCAGUCACCCAGGAUCGAUACCUGGAGGUCAAAAUCAACGUCACAGGAACGGAGUUUGUGGUCGUGGAGGACUCGUCCUGUCUGGAUACAAACGCCAUCAUCCUAAAAGGCACCACCGUCCUCACAUACAAACCCCGUCUGCUGGACAGACCCUUCUCCGGCAGCCUCGCAGGAAUAGAGGUGUUCUCAUGUCGGCUGGGCAGCGAGCAGGAGACGGCGCUGUCCAUCAUCGAUCCGGUCAAUGUCCAGGUGGAGCUGUGUGGGAGCCCCACGUACCAAAGCAGCUCGGGUUUACUAGACGCCUUCAACGUGGAGGACAUCCCACCGCUGCUGGAGAUUCAGUUUCCUGCUCUGGACAUCCGUCUGUCCUAUAACGACAUUCAGCUCUUCUUGGCCAUCGCAAAGUCCAUCCCGACUGCUAGAACUCCUCAGCCCCCCACCGAGCCACAGGGGGCAGAGUCCUCUGCUCCACCCAAAGACAGCUUCAGGCAGAAGACGGAGGCCCUCAUAGAGGGCCAGCUGACCCGAUUACAAGACCUCGGUUUCAGGAAAGAGGACUGCAAGAGAGCCCUGAUCCACUGUAAAGGUCAGCUGGACCAGGCCGCCACGUGGCUCCUGGAGAACGCAGAGAACAUGGCCAGAUCCAGGGCGGACUCCAGCUCCAGCAGCCACUCCGCUCCUCUGUCCGGGGUCGAGGUGAAGGCCGAGAGCGUCUGCAUCUGUUUAAUCGACGACUGUCUGGAUUGUGACAUACCGCUGGCUGAGCUCACCUUCUCCAGACUUUAUGUGCUGCAGCGGAUCGGUUCCGUCCAGGAAGGAAACACCAGCUUCACUCUGUCUGGAGACUACUACAACAGAGAGCUGUCAGGCUGGGAGCCCUUCAUCGAGCCCUGGUCCUGCUCCCUGUCUUGGCAGCAGCAGGCCGCCGGGCGUCUCCACCCUCCACGUCUGAAGAUGGGGAUUCGAGCCAAGCAGAGACUGGACGUCAACAUCACUUCUGUUUUAUUGGAACAAUACAACACCACCAAGAGUUCCUGGAUAGCCGACUACUGUAAGGAGGAGGAGCAGUCCCCACAGUCUUCCCCCGCCCUACCCUGGCUGGGCUCCUCAGUCGACCCCCCCAGCGUUGGUCAGAGUGCUCCUCUUGCUCACCUUAGAACUAGGAGCAUUGCCAGCUUGACCUGCCUCGAGCAGCAGAUUCACUCCAGAGAUGUAAAACUGUCCAAGAGGAGGCAGCCGUUUGUGCCGUACGCGCUCCGUAACCACACAGGAUGUACCAUGUGGUUUGCCACUUUGACCACGACACCCACAAGGGUGGCGCUGUCUCACAGCAGCAGUGCCGACUCCAUCUCAGAGGUUCACGGUACAGGAACUGAUGACACACACAAUGUGAGUCAGUGGAGGGAGGUGCUGCCCGGGGAGGAGAUCCCCUUUGAGUUUGAAGCACGUGAGAAGCUCAGACACAGACACACCCAUGAGCUGAAGCUGCACCAGCUGCUGGUCCGGGUCUGUGGAUGGGAGCAAGUCAAACCCGUGUCUGUGGACAAAGUGGGCGUUUUCUUCCGCUAUGCAAACGCAGACAGAAACAGCUCCUCCAACACUGUCGGCAGUCCUAUAAGCAGAACCAACAUCAUCCACCCACAUGUUUACUUUUCGGCCCUCCCUCCGGUCAGAGUUGUCUUCUCCAUCACGAUGGAGGGCAGCGCCAGGAAAGUCAUCACAGUCCGCUCCGCCCUCAUGGUGAAGAACCGGCUGGAUGUUCCUAUGGAGGUCCGACUGGACAGCCCCUCUGCUCCUGACAAACCGGUGGUGCUGCCCCCCAUCCUGCCGAGCCAGGCCUUGGCGGUCCCCCUCCACCUCACAUCCUGGCGGCUGCAGGCUCGGCCCAAAGGCCUCGGUCUGUUCUUCUGUAAGGUUCCCAUCCACUGGACCAGCGUGGAGCGACCCGGGGAGACCAGCAGCAGUAAGAGGGAGUGUCAGUCUGCAGACUUUGAUGACAACAACAAGCGUAACUUCAGGUUUUGUGUGGUCAUCAAAAAGGAGAACUACCCGGACCAGCAGCCCGCUAAGAGGGUUUCUGGCAGUGCAAAGCAGAUCUACAGACAGCCGGGCCACACCAUCUACCUGCUGCCCACCAUGGUGCUCGCCAACCUGCUGCCCUGCGACCUCAACUUCUACAUCAAAGGGACGUCCAUCAAAGGCUCGCUGAAGCCGGGGAAGGAGGCGGUGCUUCAUGCUGCAGACACCUCGCAGAACAUGGAGCUAGGAGUCCUGCUGGAGAGUUUCCCGGUGUGCAAAGAGCUGCUGAUCCCCCCCGGGACGCAGAACUACGUGGUCCGCAUGAGGCUGUACGACACCAACAAACAUCUGCUCUGUCUCACCAUCCGCAUCAUCCUGAGGGCUCAGGGAGCGCUGAAGAUCCUCAUUUCUGCCCCCUACUGGCUGAUCAACAAAACUGGUUUGCCGUUAAUCUUCCGUCAGGACAACGGUAAAGCCGACGCAGCCGGACAGUUUGAGGAGCACGAGUUGGCCCGCAGUCUCAGUCCGUUACUGUUCUGCUACACAGACAAGGAGCAGCCUGCUAUGUGUACGAUGCGGAUCGGGAAAGGGAUCCACCCGGACGGAGUCCCCGGCUGGUGUCAGGGCUUCUCGCUGGACGGAGGGAGUGGAGUCCGAGCGGUGAAGGUCAUCAUGCAUGGGAACAGGCCUGGACUCAUCUACAACAUAGGCAUCAGCGUGCGGAAAGGAAAAGGACGCUACAGAGACACUCACAUUGUGACGUUCGCACCGCGCUACCUGCUCGACAACCGCUCCACGCACAAACUGGCCUUCGCUCAGAGGGAGUUCGCGAGAGGAAAGGGUACCGCUAACCCCGAAGGUUACAUCUCCACCCUGCCGGGUUCCAGCGUCGUCUUCCACUGGCCUCGCAAUGACUACGACCAGCUGCUGUGUGUGCGCCUCAUGGAUACAAAAAACUGCACCUGGUCGGGAGGCUUCGAGGUCAACAAACCAAAGUCCUUUCACGUCAACAUGAGGGACACGUUGGGGAACUGCUUCUUCCUGCGGACUGAGAUCACCCUGAAGGGAGCCACGUACCAGAUCUCCUUCACCGACACCGACCAGCUGCCUCCACCCUUUCGCAUCGACAACAUCUCUGAGGUUCCUAUCCAGGUGUGGCAGCACGGCGUGGCUGACAUCCGGCUGCACACCGAGGUGAAGGCAGGCGCGGUGCUGGACUACGCCUGUGACGAGCCCACGCUGCCCCCCUACCUCACCCUGACUGUGAAGGGAGCCGGAUCCUCAGAGGUCACAGCCGACAUGAACUUCUUCAGAGAGUACAACAAGCUCUACUACGAGAACUUCAUUUACAUCGCUGCCACGCACACGUUCUCACAGAGUGUGGAGAGGAGACCUGUUGGGAAGAAGCGACCGGUGAGCUCUGCUGAGCUGGUUCUAGAUGUCGACACCAAGACUCAAAGGGUCAUCCUGAAGAAGAAGGAGCCAGGAAAGCGCUCCCAGCUGUGGAGGAUGACCGGCUCUGGUAUGUUGUGUCACGAAGGCUCGUCCCCGCCGCAGAGCAAACCCGCUCAGCCACGCCCACUCGAAUCCUCUCUCGUGCUGGACAUCGCUGGGCUCGCAGCUGUCAGUGACAACAGUUUUGAGCCUUUGAUGCUGAGGAGGCCGGACUCACGACGCAGCACCACCCAGACGUGGUAUUUCUGCUCAGACAUGCUGACCUGUGGUCUUCCCCGGCUGGUGGUACAGGCGAAGGGUGGUGCUGCCGGCCUGUAUGACGGAGCGCAGGUGGUGCUGGGACCAGACUCGGGGCUGAUGGAGCCUGGACCCGAGCAGCAGUUCAUCAACCAGAAGAUGAGACCUGGUUCUGGGGUCCUGUCGGUUCAGGUGCUGCCAGACGGACCCACACGAGUCCUUCAGAUCAGUGACUUUAACCAGAGGAGAAUGCUGCGCAGCUCCCCGAGCACCGAGCAGGAGAAGAGCAAAGAGGAAGUGAAGAAGACAGAGCCGGAGCAGGAGCUGGAGGUUUUGGUGAACUUGGAGGAAGGUCUGGGUGUCUCUCUAGUCAACAAAGCUCCUGAAGAGCUCGUGUUCACCACGCUGUCCGGUAUAGACGUCCACUUCAUCCGCACGGCAUCCAACGAGGUGUUGGAGCUCAGCAUUCAGAACAUCCAGGUGGACAACCAGCUGCUCGGGACCACCCAGCCUGUGAUGCUGUGUGUGACUCCCAGCUCCAGCGACAUCGGUGUGAACGACAGCGGCCCCGCCCUGCAGGUCAACUCGGUCAAGGUUCCCAGCAGCCUCAUGCUCACGGAUCUCUUCAAGCACCUCAUGGUCACAGCCCGACGCUUCACGGUCAUCAUCGAGGAGAAACUGCUGCUCAAGCUGCUCAGUUUCUUUGGAUACGGACAGAUAGAAGCAGAGCUGGAGAAGCUGGACGAAAACCUCCAUGAGAGGCCUAAUGAGGACGCGGGACCCCCCAAACGUUACUACUUUGAGAACCUGAAGAUCAGCCUCCCUCAGGUCAAACUGAGCGUCUUUACCUCCCACAAGCUGCCAGCCGAUCUCAAGGCUCUGAAAGGCACGCUGGGCUUUCCUCUGGUUCGGUUUGAAGACGCUGUCAUCAACAUGUACCCGUUCACCCGAGUGCACCCCUACGAAACGCAGGAGAUCAUCAUCAACGACAUCCUCAAGCACUUCAGAGAGGAGCUCAUCAGUCAGGCGGCUCAGAUCUUGGGCUCUGUGGACUUCCUGGGGAACCCCAUGGGCCUCCUAAACGACGUCAGCGAGGGCGUGUCCGAGCUCAUCAAGUACGGCAACGUUGGCGGCCUCAUUCGCAACGUGACCCAUGGAGUGUCAAACUCUGCUGCCAAGUUUGCAGGGACUUUAUCAGACGGGCUGGGGAAGACCAUGGACAACCGACACCAGAGUGAGCGAGAGUACAUCAGAUACCACGGCGCCACCAGCGGAGAGCACCUGGUCGCAGGGAUUCAUGGACUUGCACACGGUAUCAUCGGAGGCAUGACGAGCAUCAUCACGUCCACAGUGGAGGGGGUGAAGACGGAGGGCGGGGUCAGUGGCUUCUUCUCCGGCCUGGGUAAAGGUCUGGUGGGCACUGUGACCAAACCUGUGGCUGGAGCUCUGGACUUUGCCUCAGAGACGGCGCAGACAGUCCGCGACAUGGCCAGCCUCAGUAACCACAGGCUCAGCGUGCAGCGCGUCAGGAAGCCUCGCUGCUGUAAGGGUCCUCAGGGUCUGCUGCCUCGAUACCUGUCCACCCAGGCCGACGGUCAGGAGCAGCUCUUCCACCUCACCGACAACAUCCACUCUGAGUUCUUCAUCGCCGUGGAGCCCAUCGACAGCUACUGCGUCCUCAUCUCCUCCAAAGUGGUCUACUUCCUGAAGCCCGGGGAGUUCGUCGACCGAGAGGCCAUCUUCCUGGAGGUCAAAUACGACGACCUCUACCACUGCCUCGUCUCAAAGGAUCAUGGGAAGGUUUACGUGCAGCUCACCAAGAAGGCGGAGAACACCAGCAGCGGGGUGGCCAUUCCCGGCCCCUCCCAUCAGAAACCCAUGGUCCACGUGAAGAGCGAGAGUCUGGCCAUCAAAAUCUCCCAAGAAAUCAACUACGCCAAGAGCCUGUACUACGAGCAGCAGCUGAUGCUCCCCGCCAGCGAGAACGAGGACUACCUGCUGCUCGAGUCGUGAUGAUCACAUGACCUUUUUUUUUUCUACCCGAGGAAGCUUUUCUUAAAUCCCCCGAGCAGGAGGGAGGACGAGGUGACUUUUAUUCUUUUUUUUUUUGUAGACCUCUGAAUUUUAAAGUGUUUGACUAAAUGCAGGAGAGGGGAAGAGUCAGACUCUGGUGCACUCGAUUUAGUCCUCCAUGUUUGACAAGCACACACACACAAACGUUAAAAUAACUAAACCAUAUGCAAGGCAGUGUGUCUGUGUGUGUGUGUAAAUGUAGAACACACACUGGCUCUCUGUUCAUACGACCUCCUAUCACACAGGUGUUUUGUUCUUUAUGUGAAUAGACAGAAAUGUAAAUAGAGCUACAAACCAAUCCUGCUGCCCUGCUGUGUACAUACUGUAUGAAUGAAUAAUGAAGUAUAACUACAGAAGCUGAUAUAAUGUGAAAUGUAACAAACUGCCUUUAAAACUCUAUUUUGUUUAUAAGAGACUUUAGUUCAAUCAGGAAGGAAGGGAGGGGGGGGUGAAUUGCACUGACACACACACACACUGGAGCUGCCUGUCACUGUCUCUCUGCCUUUUACAAUCACAGACCUCCAGACUUUUAUUUAACGACCCCGUUUUUCUUAACGAGCCCCCGGUGUUCAUUCUCACCUCUCGUCUGAAGGAGCUCGUCGGGACUUCCAGGCUUCACUACACGUCGCACACAAACUCGUUAAACAUCUGCAUGUUGGUUGUCAACAAAGUUUUUUGGGGGGGGUUUGGGUUUCGGUGUCCGAUGAGAUUUUCUUGAGUGUGUGAAAGUUGUGAUAGAGAGGAAGAGGAGGGGGAGAGUCCAGACAGGAUGCGGACUCAAUCUGUGAUCCUGUAAAAUACCGCUCACAUGGGACUGUGCUUCCAAUAAAGCAACACAACUGCA